CCUUGAUCUGCGUCCACCAUUCCGGGCCGGCCAAGACAUGGGUGGAAAUAGAAAUACUGUCGCCGACGAGAAGCCGCACGCGGUGUGCGUGCCGUUCCCGGCGCAGGGACACAUCACUCCGAUGAUGAAGCUGGCCAAGGUCCUCCACUCCAAAGGCUUCCACGUCACCUUCGUCAACACCGAGUACAACCAUCGACGCCUGAUCCGCUCCCGCGGGUCCGGCGCGGUGGCGGGCCUCUCGGGCUUCCGCUUCGCCACCAUCCCCGACGGCCUGCCCCCGUCCGACGCCGACGCCACACAGGACCAGGAGGCCCUCUGCUACUCCACCAUGACCACGUGCCUCCCCCACCUGAAGAAGCUGCUCGGCGGGCUGAAUAAUAGCGCGGACGGGGUGCCGCCGGUGACGUGCCUCGUGGCUGACAGCAUCAUGAGCUUCAGCCUGGACGCCGCGGCUGAGCUCGGCGUGCCGUGCGCGCUCUUCUUCGCUGCUAGCGCCUGCGGUUACAUGGGGUACCAUAGCUUACCCUUUCUAAUAGACGAGGGCCUUGUUCCUCUCAAAGGUAUUAUAAGCUUGCGACAAAACAAAGAGCAAGUGACGAACGGGUACCUGGACACGCCGGUGCCGCAGGCUCUCGGGAUGAGCAAGCACAUGCGCCUCCGAGACUUCCCGUCCUUCGUCCGCACCACGGACCGCGGCGACAUCAUGAUCGAGUUCGUAUUGCACGAGCAUCAGCAGGCGCGGCGCGCCGCCGCUUUCAUCGUCAACACCUUUGACGAGCUAGAGGAGCAUGCACUGGACGCCAUCCGUGCCACGCUGCCCGGCCCGGUCUACACCAUCGGCCCCCUCAGCUUGCUCGCCGAGCAGCUGGUCCUCGAUGACGGCAAGCUCGCCAUGAUACGCCCUAGCCUGUGGAGAGAAGAUCACUCCUGCCUGGAAUGGCUCCAAGGCAGGGAACCCCGGUCCGUGGUCUACGUCAACUUCGGGAGCAUAACCACCAUGUCGAGCCAAGACCUGGUGGAGUUUGCGUGGGGGCUGGCCAGCUGCGGCUACGACUUCCUGUGGAUCAUCAGGAACGACCUCGUGAAGGGCGAUGCCGUCGUGCUGCCUCCCGAGUUCCUAGAGGCGACCGAGGGCAGGCGGCUCCUGGCGAGCUGGUGCGAGCAGGAGGCCGUGCUGCGCCACGAGGCAGUGGGCGUGUUCCUGACGCACUGCGGGUGGAACUCCACGUUGGAGGGGCUCAACGCCGGGGUGCCCAUGUUGUGCUGGCCCUUCUUCGCCGAGCAGCAGACCAACACCCGCUACGUGUGCAUGGAGUGGGGCGUGGGAAUGGAGGUCGGCGACGAUGUUCGUCGGGAGGUGGUUGGGGAUAGGAUAAGGGAGGUGAUGGGAGGAGGCGAUAUGGGGCGGGAGAUGAGGCGGAAGGCGGCGGAGUGGAGUGAGAUUGCUGCCCGUGCCACCACACAACCUGGUGGCAGGUCCCUGGCCAACCUCGAGAGUCUGCUCAAGGAUGUACUGUUGAUGGGUCGCCUGCCGGCCAGCAACAAAGCAUGAUUGAUCGCCCCACCGUCCCCACCAGCUUGCCGCUCACCUGCCAUGGCAUGAUUAAUUAAGUCUGAUAAAAUUUCUCUUGUUGUUGGUGUUCUUGGAAAUUAUGCAAAUUGGCUUCAGGAAAGGAUCAUGCA